GCUAUUCCAAUGUGUGCGAGCGCCUAACAGCAUCCUCCCAUCAAAAAGCCCUUGGUUUCAUUUUCCUUCACCAAUACUUCAAGGCACAGAGGAGCUGGUAAAGGCAUUGCCAUGAAACCUAACUUGAAGCAAUGGAAACAACUCAUGCUGUUUGGUAUCUUUGCAUGGGGUCUUCUUUUUCUGGUGAUGUUCAUCUAUUUUACAGAUAGCAACACUGCUGAACCAGUUCCAAGUUCCUUUUCUUACAUUGAAACUAAGAGACUUCUGCCCCUUCAAGGCAAGCAGAGAGUCAUCAUGGGAGCCAUUCAUGAUCCAUCAUUCUCUGAAACCAUUGAUGGGAAUGAGGUACUUCUUAAUGAAGAUCUCUUAGGUACAUUUAAAUCAGGGACUGGAAGUUCUAAGAAAUGGACUGUAUUGGAAGAUGCCUUUAGAAAUGAAGAUGAAUUUUUUCCAUCCCAGUUAGGAAGAAAAUCAAAAAGUGAUUACCAAGUGAAUGAUGAUUAUUUAUUUGCUGCUGGUCAGCCUCGGUCACACAGCCACCUUCAAGAGAUAGAAAAAUUCAUCUCAGCUGAUGUGAAUAAUGCAGAAGUAAAUAUUUUGCAGAACAACUGGAGCCAUCAGAGAAGAAUGAGGAGAAGGAGCAUAAAGCAUAGGAGAAGCCAGAUGCUUGAUGAAUCUGAUGACUGGGAUGGGCUGUAUUCUACAAUGUCGAAAUCCUUUCUUUACAAGCUUUGGAAGGGGGAUGUCUCAUCCAAAAUGCUAAACCCUCGACUGCAGAAGGCGAUGAAAGAUUAUUUGAGUACCAAUAAGCAUGGGGUGCGGUUCAAGGGGAAACGAAACUCCAAGUUGACAGGAGACCAGCUAUUCUGUGAGCUAAAAGAAAGAGUGAAUGUGAAAACAAUAGAUGGCAAGGAGGCUCCAUUCUCCACUCUUGGAUGGGAAAAGCACGUUCCCCAAAUUCCACUGGGCAAAUUAUAUACACAUGGCUUUGGGAGCUGUGCAGUAGUUAUGUCUGCUGGUGCAAUACUGAACUCCUCUCUAGGAGAUGAAAUAGAUUCUCAUGAUGCCGUUUUAAGAUUUAAUUCUGCUCCAACACGUGGCUAUGAAAAAGAUGUUGGAAAUAAAACAACCAUGCGGAUCAUUAACUCUCAGAUUCUCACCAAUCCAAACCAUCACUUUGUUGACAGCUCCUUGUAUAAAGAUGUUGUCUUAGUUGCCUGGGAUCCUGCUCCCUACUCCGCAAACCUGAAUGUGUGGUAUAAGAAGCCAGACUACAAUCUGUUCACUCCCUAUGUCCAGCAUCGUAGGAAGAAUCCAACCCAGCCGUUUUACAUCCUCCAUCCAAAGUUUAUAUGGCAGCUCUGGGACAUCAUUCAGGAGAACACUAAAGAGAAGAUACAGCCCAACCCUCCUUCCUCGGGGUUUAUUGGUAUCCUCAUCAUGAUGUCCAUGUGUAAUGAAGUACACGUGUACGAAUACAUCCCUUCAGUCCGGCAGACCGACCUAUGUCACUACCAUGAACUCUACUACGAUGCAGCUUGUACCUUAGGGGCCUACCAUCCACUGCUCUAUGAGAAGCUCUUGGUGCAAAGGAUGAACAAAGGUUUGCAGGAUGAUCUGUAUCGGAAGGGGAAAGUCAUUUUGCCAGGGUUCAAAGCUGUCAAGUGCCCCAAAAGAAAUUUCUCACACUUAUAGAAGUAAGUCCUUCAGAAACAAUGUGCAAUAAGGUACUACUGUCGUACUAUAAACAAGAAGAGAAUACUUGAAAAAACGUAUCUUAGACCAAUCUAGUCUUGAGUCUAUAAAUUGUAAUUAAGUAGCAGGCAUGAGAAAUACUUCUUUUCUGAGCCUGAGUAUUUAUUACUGCUUUGCAAAUAGUUACAGGAAAAAAAGCAAAGGCUUAGCUCAUGAAGGUGCAAAGGACAUACUUAGGCAGAAAUAUAAUGUAUCGUUGUUGGUGUGAGUGUCAGAAUUUGUCGGUGGUCUCUUAUGCCACAUAUGCUAGACUGUAAUUUUUUUUAAUGAACUUAUUUAACUGUCAAACCUGACAUUGUGAAACAGCCUCUAUUGUUCAUGUAUGUACAGAACGGCCAGUUGAACAAUGCAGUGAUUCCCAUGGCUUUGUAAGAUUUUCAGACUCUCCCAGAAUGAAGUAAUUGCUACUCCAAGCUGUGCAGUCAUUAACUGGAGUAGACUUUAAUGCCUGCUCAUAUGCAGGCUCAGUUACAGGCCUCCAGCUGUACAGGGGCCUUACGGUCGCUGUGAAGUCAGUGCAGUCAGAGGUGGCUGUACACACAGCCAAACCCAUUAAACUACUGGAUGUACUUCUCAUGCCAGACUCCCAUGCUCACACUGUCUGCAGAGGGAAGAGAGAAAUGUCUCAUUUCUUUAGAUAAAAACAAACGUAUUUGUAACCCAUUUAGGAAGAGAAACUAAAGGAUUAUCAGGAAGGUGUGAGAUGGGCAUGCUGCCUUCCCCCAGUCUGCACAAUACAGAAUAUCCAGAGAAAGCCAAGGGAGGCUGUGCAGCCCUCACACAUCACACUGAAAGCAAGCAUAGAGGGGGUCACCUUUCUGCAACAAAGAUAGUAUACAGGAAUACAGACAUUAUUUGUUAAGUAUUUCACUGGUAUCUGAAUCAAAGUCACUU